ACUGUCCGAGCGCGAGCGUCGCUCUUAACAAACAACUAUUGACAGACUAACUUUUUCAUUAGUGUUCAUACAGUAAAGAACUAAUCAUACAUGGAGCGGGAAGUGCGCCUGCUCUCAGAGAAGAGGCACAGAAGAAGACCCUGUAUCAUGUUUAGUGUUACCGUUGUGUUACUUGUGUUUGUUAUUGUCGGUGUUGCGUUGGGACUGACGCUGCGUCACCAAAAUGACUCAUUCAAGGAAACGUUUAUGUCCAGGUGUGAAAAGUUUAAAAGAUCCGACUGUCAAAAGAUAUGGCAUGCAUUUGAGCAAGCGUAUGUAGGACGAGACCCUUGUAAUGUUCCCAUGGAAGAAUAUAACCCCCUCCUUGCCGCAGCUCCCCCCCAACCUGCAUGCAACAGAAUAAUGUUGUGGAGCAAAACAAAAGAUGUUGUCCAUGAUUUCACUGAGAAGAGAGAUUGUUUUGGGACUCUGGAGGACACUCUGCUGGGAUCCGUCCUAGAUGAUCUGACCUGGUGUGGAAAGGAGGGCAGCUCUGAAACUUUCACUACUGGCUGCCCAGGAUGGACAGAAUGUGAAAACAACCCUGUUCGCUCCUUUUGGUACAGAGCCUCAGCUGCAUUUGCAGACGCUGCCUGUGGUGAUGUCACAGCGAUGCUAAACGGGUCCAUCAGCACACCUUUUUAUCCUACAAGUAUUUUUGGGAGCAUCGAGGUGAAGAGGUUGAACUCCACCAGGGUGAAGAGCCUGAAUGUUGUUCUGGUCAAAGAACAGAAUGAAGUGGCAAACUGUACAAAUGCAUCUUUAAAGGACUUACAGAAGGAGUUGGAUAAAGAAAUUAAAUACAACUGCAAGGAAGUGGAAAAAUCUCAGAUUGAAGAGUGCGCCUCUGACCCACAGAAACCCUGCGGAGCCUGCUGGUGAAGAUGUGUGUCAGAUUAAACCGUCAGACCACACGGCGGCAAUAACCAACUUUUUUUUAAUUUCUAGAUUUGACAAUCAAAUAAUGUGCUUCAAAUAAUGUGAUUCUUUUUGUACCUGUGGGCCAGUUUGACUUAAUGUGAAAUAUGUUUUUUUUUUUUUUUUUUACAUAUUCAUUGAUAUAUUUACAUUCUAACGAUGCACCUUUUGUAUAAUAUAAUGAACAGGUUCAGGGUGUGAUGGGGAAGCUUUUUACUAAAUCUUAAAGACUAGUAAUAACUUGUCGUACUGUACUUGUAGGGUAAGAUACCUCUGCUGCUAUCCGAUUAUAGGCUCAACUGAUGAGCUCACUCCUACUUAAUGGCAGA